AUGAGGAUACAACAUUACACGGAAGCGUUAGACAUCAACUUCCCACCUAUUGCACUAAGAAACCUAGGACAUUCUCCCCCAUGGCAAGAAUUUAUCACCAACAUGGAUCUAAGUAUGUGCGAGCACAACAAACCUACCACUCUACCCUCAACAUUUAGAACUCUUUUUCUUGCUAUCCAAGAAAAAUACAAUAAUUAUGAUGAGUAUUAUACUGAUGGCUCGGUCACUGCCAAUCACUCUGGAUUCACUGUCGUUACCAAUACAAACACUGUUAAUUCAAGCCGCAUGCAUAACAUGUGUUCAAUAUGGAUGUGUGAAGUAACUGCUAUAAUCUAUGCGUUGAAAUCCAUUAUUAAAAAACACGAAAAAUCCAACAACUAUAUCAUCACAAGACUACGAAUAGGCCACACCAAUCUCACGCAUGUCCACCUAAUCACUAAAAGCGAACCGGAAGUCUGCCCAAAAUGUCAAGAAACAGUAACCAUCAAACACCUCCUAAACGAGUGCAAUAACCUCAGGCUAGAAAGAAGCGAAGUCAGCCUCUCGAACAACAUAAAAAUCCUACUUAAUGACCAGGAA